ACACACGCAAGCUGCAGCUCCUGCACUUCGGGCUCUUCCUGGGCAUCUACCUGGCUGCCCUCCUGGGCAACGGCCUCAUCCUCACCACCGUAUCCUGCGACCACCACCUCCACACCCCCAUGUACUUCUUCCUCCUCAACCUUGCCCUCCUCGACCUUGGCACUAUUACCACCACUGUCCCCAAAGCCAUGGCCAACUCCCUGUGGGACACUAAGACCAUCUCCUACUCUAGAUGUACUGCACAGGUCUUUCUACUUGUGUUUUUGAUUGGAGGAGAGUAUUUACUUCUCAUUGUCAUGGCCUAUGACCGCUACGUUGCCAUCUGCAAACCCCUGCUCUAUGGGACCCUCAUAAAUGGAAAAACUUGUGUCAACAUGGCAGCAGCUGCCUGGGGCAGUGGCUUUCUCAAUUCCCUG